AAUUACAUGUUACGACGUUGGCUUAGGGGUAGGAAGUGACUGGAAGUGAGCUGGCGGCCGAUCAAUUAGCUGGAGUUCAAAGGAAGUUAAGUACAAGCUCGCAAGACAAAAAUUGAAACUCAAACUUCUUCUUUCUUUUUUCUUUUUUGAUUGUAAAAAUGUCUUCUACUGAUGAUUUCGAAGUGGAAACCAUAUCUGAAAUCAUGGUUCCGUUUCAUCAUCAUCCUUUAUCAAGUUAUGCUUCUGAAUUUUUGACUUCUUGCUCUUUGUGCCUUUUCUCUACGUUUCUAGGAGAAAUAGUCACUCGCAUCAGAUAUCAGUGUAUGGAUUGCGGCUUGAAGUUACACGACGAAUGCAUCAACAGCCUUUCCCUCAACCGACCCUUUCUGUGCAAUCACAUUCUCAAGGUGUAUACUCAUAUUUUCACAUCAUCUGGCCGUAUAUAUGAAAACACUUGUCAUUUUUGUCAAAGUAAGUUAGAAUUUUUAUUUGCUCGUUGCACUAUAUGCAACUUAAACGUGGAUAUAGAAUGUUUGUUUGCACUGCCACCACUCACAAUUUCUGAACCAAAACACCACAAGCAUAGCCUCAGUCUCCUGCUAAGGCUAGUCACCUUUACUUGUAAUGCUUGUGGUGUGGAAGGCGACCGCAAUCCUUACGUAUGUCUUGAAUGCAAUCUGAUGGUCCACAAAGAUUGUGUUGAGAAUCUACCGCGAGUCAUAAGCAUAAAUCGGCAUGACCAUCGCAUAUCUCAUACUUUUCAUCUUGGUAAAAAAGAAGGAGAUUGGGAGUGUGGAGUUUGUCGGAAGAUGAUUAAUUGCGUCUAUGGAGGUUAUAAAUGCUCUCGUUGUCCUAGUUAUGCCGUUCAUUCAAGAUGUGCAACAAGAAAAGAAGUGUGGGAUGGGUUAGAGCUCGAAGAUGUGCCCGAGGAAGAAGAAGAAAUCGAAGAUCCUUUCAAGGUAAUUAAUGAUAAGGGAGAUAUCAUUCAUUUUAGUCAUGAAGAGCAUGUUCUCAGAUUGGAUGAGAAUUAUGUUAUAGAUGAUGCUAACAUGCGAUGUCGGUGUUGCAUUCUUGCUAUCAACGGUGAUCCAUGCUACAGAUGUGUGGAAUGUAAUUUCAUCCUUCACGAAGCGUGUGCUAACCUUCCUAGGAAGAAACGACAUUUAUUGCACAACCAUAAACUCACUCUUUCAUCGACACUUAUCAAUAAAGAUAUUUUUCAUGAGUGUGGAGCUUGUGGGAUCUAUACAGAUGGUUUCAUAUACGAGUGUCGUCAUGAAGAUUGCAAAAAGAAAAUUAUUAAGUAUGAUGUUCGGUGUAGUUCUGUAUCAGAACCGUUUCACCAUGAUUUGCAUCAACAUCCCUAUACUUUACCUUGCAAAGUUCGAGACGAUGUCAGGCUUGUAACAAAGAAAUAAAGGAUGAUCCCUUAAAUUGUACCAUUUGUGAGGGGUACUCUUUAUGCAUGAGGUGCGCUACUUUACCAAGAAAAGUAAAACAUAAGUGUGAUGAUCAUUUUCUAUCACUAAGUCAAGGUGAUGGAAACGAAAGUGGUUACUUGUGGUGCGAUAUUUGUGAGACGAAGACAGACCCGAGUGUAUGUUACUACACUUGUGAUGAGUGUGGGCUAAGUCUCCAUAUUGAUUGUGUACUUGGAGAUUUAUAUUAUAUGAAGCUUGGAAUCACAGAACCUGAUGUUGAAAUACAUCCCAACAAUGGUGCUACUCGACCUCUCUGCAUCAAUUGUGGAUUUCGUUGCAAGUUUCCCUUCUUCUUUAGGUUUAUUGAUGAAGAACCUGCUGUCUACAGUUGUUCAAUAUACUCCUGCGCAAGUGAGGACUAGUUAUAAUUACUCAAAUUCAUGUUUUACAUUCUGUCUAAAUUGUAAAACAUUGUGCUUUAUAAGUCUUUCAACAUUUUCUGUUAAGAACAAUAUUUCCAA